AUGGAGCGUAGCCUGAGUUCUUGCUCCACAUUCUCCAGUUGGUUAAGGAGAAGAUGGAAUGGCAGCCCAGUAGUAAUUGUUGGUGCAGAGGAUGAGGAAUAUCAGGUGACUUUAGAUGACUUAGAUUCGUGUUUGGUAUAUAUGUACACACCUGUAACCGAAGAAGGUGCCAAAGGGGAACCUCAGUAUGCAAUUACAGACUAUGUGAAACCAGGUUCUGAAAAGCUGUGUCUAAUGAUUGUUAAGAUUGAGUUAGCUGAAGCCCUUCGCCUCUUGCUGUUGUGUGUGAGUAGGGACCAUAGUCAGCUUGUACAGGCACCUAAGUUAUGA